AUGCCAGAGCUAUUGUAUAAGGCUUAUAUUGACUAUGAGAUAUCAUGGGGUGAAUACGAGAGAACAAGGCAACUCUAUGAGAGGUUACUUGAUCGAACAAAGUACUUGAAGGUAUGGAUUAGUUAUGCCAAGUUUGAGACUUCAACUGAUAUGGAAGAUGAAGAGAUAACUUCAUUGUUCUGUGGAGACCCUCUGAAACCACCAUUACUUCUACUCGGGAUCUGCGGUACCACCGCAUUUGUGAGCAUGUGGAUGAAUAACACUGCAGCGGCAGUGAUGAUGAUGCCGGUGGCCACUGGAGUGCUGCAGAGGCUCCCCCAGGGGGAUUCAGUCCACCCGGACAUUAGGCGGUUCUGCAAGGCGGUGAUACUUGGAGUAAUCUAUUCGGCAGCGAUCGGAGGAAUGAGCACCUUGACAGGAACAGGUGUUAAUCUCAUCUUGGUGGGGAUGUGGCAGAGCUACUACCCUCAGGAGAAGCCCAUCAGCUUCAGCACUUGGUUCUUCUUUGGGUUCCCUCUGGCUCUACUCCUCUUCUUUGCUCUGUGGGGUAUCCUCUGUCUUCUAUACUGUUCCAAGAAUUCAGAGAAGGCACUUUCUGCUUACUUGGAUAGAACUCACCUGAAGAGGGAGCUCGAGCUACUAGGUCCUAUGGCUUUUGCUGAGAAGAUGGUUUUAACUGUGUUUGGAUUGCUUGUAGUUCUAUGGAUGACAAGAAGCCUAACGAAUGAUGUCCCUGGAUGGGGGGCUCUGUUUCAGGACCGUGUGGGUGAUGGAUCUGUCAGU